GCAAAUUUAGCGCUUACCUGCGUACGCUUCAAUUCUGCUAUAAGUAUAUAAAAAGAAUACCAUUCAUUACCGCCACUUACCCAGUGGGUACCAUCCUACCACCACCGCUAAUAGCCAAUCUCCUUCGAUCUUUCAAAUAUUCGUCGAUUCACGAAUUCGUUGAUUUCGGUAAUAGUGGUUUGAUUUAUAUUGGGAGAAUCGUAUGUGGUGAUUGUGAAAGUGAUUUAUUGUUGAUUUUGGAAGUUUUUUCGAAAAAGUAUCAUGGAUUCUCAGCAGUUUAGGGAAUUCGGGAAGGCGGCUGUGGACUAUAUAGCUGAUUAUUUUGAUAACAUUAAAGACAGGCCGGUACUACCUUCAGUAAAACCGGGAUAUUUAGAGGACCUGCUGCCCGACGAAGCUCCCGAACAUGGCGAGUCCUGGCAGGACGUGAUGCAGGAUGUCGACCAGAUUAUUAUGCCCGGAAUUACGCACUGGCACUCCCCCAAUUUCCAUGCUUAUUAUCCCACGGCACACUCCUUUCCUGCUGUCGUCGGAGAGAUGAUGAGCGCAGGGUUUGGAUGCAUUGGACUGAGCUGGGUUGCCAGUCCGGCCUACACAGAACUGGAAGUCGUUAUGAUGAACUGGUUGGGGAAGCUCCUGAAUCUUCCAGAAGAGUUUCUAAACUGCUCGGAAGGAGUCGGUGGAGGCGUAAUUCAGGGAUCCGCUAGCGAAGUCACAUUCAUCGCUCUAUUGGCAGCUAAGGAAAAAAUGGUUAAGGAUCUACUGGAAGCGAACUCGCCGCUUACAGAGGGCGAAAUCAAGGCCAAACUCGUGGCUUACUCCUCCGACCAAUCGAACUCUUCGGUUGAGAAGUCCGGACUGCUGGGAUCCAUGCCUAUGAGCCUGCUAAAGGCGGACAAGGACGGUAAGCUACGCGGGGAUACCCUUCAGAAAGCCUUCCAGGAGGACAAAGCCAAAGGCUUGAUACCUUGCUACGUGGUUGCGAACUUGGGUACAACCCCGACGUGUGCUUUUGACGAUUUGACGGAGCUCGGUGAAGUUUGCAACAAAGAAAACGUUUGGUUGCAUGUGGAUGCUGCCUAUGCUGGGACAGCUUUCAUAUGCCCCGAGUAUCAGCAUUACAUGAAAGGGGUUGAGUUGGCCGAGUCGUUCAACUUCAACCCUCACAAGUGGAUGUUGGUGAACUUCGAUUGCUCCGCUAUGUGGGUUAAGAAUGCCAAGUACCUAGUUGAAGCCUUCAACGUCGAAAGGAUCUAUCUUAAGGAUAAACACAAGGGGUUGGCCCCAGAAUAUCGCCACUGGCAAAUUUCCUUAGGUCGCAGGUUUAGAGCGUUAAAGCUGUGGUUCGUGCUCAGAAUCUACGGGGUUGAAGGGUUGAGGAAGCACGUCAGGGACCAGAUAUCCUUAGCCAAAUAUUUCGAAGAAUUUGUCGUUAAAGAUGAGCGUUUUGAACUGUGCACGUCCAGUAUGGGUUUGGUUUGUUUCAGACUUAAAGGUGACGACCACCUUACAGAAAAACUAUUACACGUUGUAAGCGAGCGAAGAAACAUAUUCGUAAUUGCCGGCCAUUUCAACGGAAAAGAAUGCAUACGUUUUGCAAUAUGCAGCCGUUUAACCCAAAGAGAAGAUGUGGAGUAUGCUUGGAAAGAAUUUUUGGCUGCUACAGAACAAAUUGUUUCAUCUAAAGCUAAAAUAACGUGCGAGGUUACCGGCAAAAAAAUUCUAUCGGCUGAAUUAACAAAGAUGGCAAAUCAUACAGAAAAAUCAAAGUAGUGUUAAGAGUGUAAAAAUUUAGAUGUAGUUUAGCUAGGAUUUAUUUAUUGUAAGAUUAUCUACAGUCAAUUUAUUUUAUCAACUCACCUUAAUAAAUAAAUAUUAGAAGCCGCGUAGGCAGAAAAAAAAAUCGGGUUUGGUAAAAAAUAAGAAUAAAAUGAAAAAUGAAAAUAAACUUAUUUCCAAUAAUAUCUCAAAACGUGCUUUUCGCGUGUAGUGGUGAUUUGGUAAAAUAAAUGUACUAUAAUAAAUUUUAUAUUAGUAUAA